AUGAAUACUACUAUUUUAACUUCGAAAGAUUAUGUAGCUGAUAGUACUGAUUUCCCGGUCUGGACUGGAUUUCAUCCUGGAAAAAUAGCAGAAGCAGUAAAUUCGGUACAAAAAUUGGAAAUUGAUAAUGUGUUUAAUUCAUAUUCAGAACUUUGUCUUCAAUAUGAUACGUUAAGAACUUAUUAUGGUGCUAAUCAGAAUCAUUAUAGCGAAAAAUCACAUUUUUUACCACCAAAAUAUAGCUUGAAUUUUGACGAGUAUACCAAAAUUGAUAAAAAAUUUAUAGAUAAAUAUGGUUUCCUUUUUUGA